AUGAAGGCCACUAGUUUGAUAACUAUGCUGGCAUCACUGGCCUCCGUUAUGGCAGAGUCGACGUUCACCCCAAUCAAACCACCUUCUCAGCCAUUAGCAGUUCGGUCACCCUAUCUCAGUACCUGGCAGGCUGCUGGCAGCGGUGGUGGUAAUGACGGAUACCUCACUGGCCAGUGGACUACCUUUUGGAAUGACAGAAUUCUUGGCUGGCAAGGGUUGAUUAGGGUUGAUGGCACUGCGUACAACUGGAUGGGUGCCAUGGGUGACAGCCCUACGGCUGCUACUCAGACAUCCUAUGAAUACACUGCCACGCGUAGUAUCUACACUAUGACUGUCGACGAAGCUGUCGAGUUGACUAUCACCUUCCUUUCCCCUAUUACUCCCGAUGAUUGGAAACGUCAAUCUCUUGUCUUUUCGUACCUGAAUGUAUCCAUCGUUUCAAUCGAUGGUAAACCUCAUGAUGUGCAGUUAUAUGCCGACAUUAGUGCCGAAUGGAUCUCUGGUGAUGAUUCAAGCAUUGCCGAGUGGGAGUACGGGAAAACUGUCGAUGAUGUUGUUUACCAUCAAAUUUACCGUCAGACACAAGAGGCUUGGUCUGAGAUUUCUGACCAAACUGAAUUUGGAUACUGGUAUUGGGCAUCUACGUCUCAAAACGGCCACUCAUACCAGAACGGCGAAGAUGUCGUCGUCCGUGGCCAGUUUAUUGAUAACGGAGUUCUUGCCAACACUCAAGACACCCACUACCGCGCAAUCAAUGAUGACUGGCCUGUCUUUGCUCAUGCAUUUGACUUAGGAGCCGUUACAGAUACCCCGGUCUCUCGUUUGUGGUCCAUCGGUCUGUGUCAAGAUGAACCCAUUCAAUUCACUGAAGUGUCCGGUGUUAUCCCGCAGACUUCAUAUUAUCUCAACUACUUCGACAACCAACUUGAAGCUCUAAGCUUUUUCCAAAACGACUACGCUACAGCCCUAGAGCUAUCCACCGCAUUGGAUGACCAGCUUCAAGCAGACUCCGUCAAUGCCAACGGCCAGAGUUACGCAACCCUAACCACCUUGGGUCUAAGGCAAGCUUUUGGAGCUCUUCAGUUCACUGGCACAAUUGAUUCACCACUUAUCUGGUUGAAGGAGAUCUCUUCCGAUGGCAACAUGAACACUGUUGAUGUCAUUUUCCCCGCACAUCCGGCUUAUAUCUAUACCAACGCGACCAUCCUGAAGUAUUUGUUAGAGCCAUUGUUCAUAAACCAGCAAUCAGGUUUAUAUCCGAACUCUUACGCCAUGCACGACGUUGGUUCCCACUAUCCCAACGCUACGGGAUACCCUGAUGGCAACGACGAGGCUAUGCCACUCGAAGAAUCUGGCAACAUGCUUGCCAUGGCCUUGAUCUAUUAUGCGGUAUCAAAGAACGUGACUUUCCUCGAAUCAUACUAUGACCUGUUGGCUCAAUGGACCGAAUAUCUGAUCGAGGAUUCUUUGGUUCCGGCUAAUCAGGCAUCGACUGAUGAUUUCGAGGGUGCCCUCGCGAACCAGACCAAUCUCGCCAUCAAGGGAAUAGUUGGCAUUAAGGCCCAAUCAAUCAUUGCAAACUUGACCGGACGCUCUGCCGAUGCUCAAAACUACAGUGACAUUGCUGAGAGCUAUGUUCCGCAAUGGAUCAAUUUCGCCAAUGACACUACUGCCAAUCCACCGCACUUCGAGUUAAAUUACAACAAUGUGAGCACCUGGUCUAUCCUGUACAAUACAUUCCCAGACAAGGCAAUGAGCCUAGGGAUCGUCCCUCAGAGUGUCUAUGACGAGCAGAGCAAAUUCUAUGCUACAGUACUCCAUGACUUUGGACUGGCACUUGACACUCGCCACAAUUGGUCCAAGAGCGACUGGGAGAUUUGGGGAGCUGCCACCAGCAACAGCGACACCCGUCAAGCCAUUAUUGACGCCGUUGCAGCCUAUGCUGCCGAUACCUCUGAGUGGCUGCCCUUUGGUGACCUUUACGAGACCUUAACGGGAGACUAUGUUCCCGGUGACCACUUCGCCAACCGACCAGUCCAAGGUGGAUUGUUGGCUGUUCUUGUAGCUAACAUGGGAAUUACUGUCUAG